UUUUUCAUUUUCUGGAUCCAUUGUGCAAAAGAAGUGGAGUUUAGAUGAUAGUGAAAAUUAAAAAGAAAUUUUAAAUAAUUAAUUGUUCUUAAAAUCGUUAAUGUACUAUUGGAAUAAAUACAUAUUAUAUGUAUAGACAAUGUUUCUGUAUAAUUUUAAACGUAUAACAUAGAAUUUGUUAUUUAUUUGAAAAAACAAAAAACCCUUAUACACACCGUCGCAGUCGUCGUCGUUCUGAAAAAAUCGAUCUGGUGGUGGUGGUGCUCGAACGAAAAAUCAACCGAACUGCUGCUGCAAGAUGGUUAAGUGUAUUUUGUGUCUGGAGUACCCGACAAUACCGGGCCCCAAAUUCUUGGAUGUAUUUUCCGAGGAGGGCACACGCCUGGGCAUAAGUGCGAUUAUUAACAAACACUUUUGGAUAAAGACUUAUCGAAAUGGCGACGAAGUACAGCGAGUUUGUAUGACAUGCUGGGAAGUUGUGCGAGACUUUCAUAUAUUGUAUGAAAGGGUGGAAGAGGUUCACAAACACUUGGGGAUAAGCACCAUAGAUAUAUCAGAUGACCCGUUACCUCAUCAGGAUGUGGUUAUGCUCAAAUCGGAAGAUACCCCUGUGCCUAUGAUACUGCAAGACCCUAUUAUGGGUCAUUCGGGGUUGGGCGAUAAUUUAUUUGACCCCGAGGUGAAGGUGGAGGUCAAUGAUUUGGAUUUAUUGCCACAAAUUGAAAUUAUUGAGACCGAGACGGAUUUAGUGGAGGGUUCGCCCCUCGAUAACAGCGGAGAAAAAAAGCCACGACGUGGACGCCCCUCGACCAGAGAGCAAAGUCCCAAGACAACAGCCGCCAAACGUAUUAAGAAAGAAUCUUCACCCGCAUUGCAAGACAGCGACGACGAUGGCAACAAUGUGGAUGUUUUUGCCGACAGUGAACCAAUUGCUGAUGAUGGAGAUACGGAUGGUGCGGACAAUUCGCUUGUGCCCACAUCUUUGGAAGUGCCAGAAGAAGAAGAAGCCAAAGAAAAAGAAGUUCGUCCCAAACGAGGUAGACCACGCAAAUCCGAUGCAGAGAAGGCUAAGGCCGCCUCCACCCCGGCUGUGAAAAAGACACCCGCUACGCGCAAAUAUAAAACAAAGAAGUCACUGGCGGCUACCAUUAAAAAUGAAGGCGACGACAGCGAAGAACCCUCUUGUUCAACAUCGGCUGCUGCGGGAGUUUCUGGCAUUAAAACGGAAAAGCCUGUGGACGAGCAAUCUGAGGCGGAAAAAGCAAAGGCUAAAGAGGCUGGUACUGAAAAUCCAAGUGCUGCUGACCCAUCUGAGUCAUUUGAUAUACCUUCCUUUGCCAAUGACGAUGAUGAUGACGACGACCAAGAGUUUCUUGACAAUGACUUUGCUGGUGGCAAAGAUUCUGAUGACUCUUCCAAUUCCGAUUCAGAUGAGGCUAAUGAGUCAGAGACCUCGGACUGGGAAGCGGAUAAGUCCAAAAACGAGAAGUUUGCCAUCAUACUAAAGAAGGAACGCAACACUCCCAAGAAAUACAAAAAGCGUGAAAAGACCGCCUCCGAACCGAAGCGCAUGUCCAAAGAAGACAUAGCGGCGCGCCAAGCCCAACAGGCCGAGUAUGACAACAUCAUUACCAAAUUCUUUGAGAAAUUACGAUGUCCGAAAUGUGAACUCCUAGUGCAUACGUUCAGUGAUAUGCGCGCCCAUUUCCGCCUCGAUCACAAUGAUGACCAUGGUUUUGUUGAAUGUUGUGGCCGACGUUUUGCCACACGAAAAUUCCUGGCCGAACACAUAAUGGUCCACUAUAACCCAGAACAUUUCAAGUGUAAAACUUGUGAUAAAAUAUGCCGAGAUUCAACGCAACUGGAGUCGCACGAACAAACACAUUUGCCCAAUCCUCCCGAGGCGAAAUACAAGAAAACCUUCCAAUGUGAAAAAUGUUCGAAAACCUUCUCAUCAAAGGCUUCAUUUGAGCAUCAUAUGGUGGCAAAACAUGUUCCUCGUGAAGAAUUUAAAUUUGAAUGUCCUGAAUGCAAGAAAAAAUUCCCCUCGUUGACAAAGUUAAAAGAACAUAUGAAUACUCACGAUCCAACGAAAAUUCACAUUUGCGAUAAAUGCGGCAAAUCAUUUAAGAGCAUGUACAAUAUGAGAAAGCAUGAGGAAGCCGAACAUUCCGAUGUUAAGCCAGAGCCGCAGCAAUGUUUGAUUUGUAAUACCUGGUAUCGAAAUAUGGAUGGCCUCAAGACCCAUAACAAAAAUAUGCAUGUCAAUGAUGAUACGGAGCAUCGUUGUCAUAUAUGUAAUAAAACUUCAACCACGCAUAGGGCCUUGAAGCGACACAUAUAUUUGAAUCAUGUAUGCGAGAAGAAAUUCAAGUGUACCAUGUGUGAGAAGGCCUUCAAGAGGCGUCAGGAUUUGAAAGAACACAUAUCGGUGCAUACGGGCGAGGCCUUGUACACAUGUCCCAGUUGUCCCAUGACAUUUUCCUCGAGUGCCAAUAUGUAUAAACAUCGUCAACGUUUGCAUAAAGCAGAAUAUGCUGCCUGUAAAUCCCAGGCAAUGCCUCCGAAUAUCAUACAAGCGGCUAAAUCCAUGCCCAAUACUUUGCGCACGAAGAGACGCUUUAUGCCUGCAGAACCGAAACAAGAAUAUGUGGCACCGCAACCACAGUUGCCACCGCCACCGCCGCCCUCAUCACAUUCGCAGUCACAAUCAUCACUCUCGCACUUACAUUCACAAUCGCAAUCACCACCACCUAUAAUGCCAAGAAAUCCAUUCUUAAAUCCUCCAUUAAUGCCUAUCAAAUUUGAGGGAUAUCAGGGAUAUCAACAGUAAUAUUAUUUUCUAUAAGACAUUAUAAUGAUAAUAAUUAAGAUAUAAUAAAUUGAAAAAGCUUCCAUAACCUAAAAA